AUGGAUAACACAAAAGAACCAGUGAAAAAACUGAAAAGGCCUAAAUCGGCGACGAGAUAUCCUAAGAGGACAAAUACAUAUGUUGUGGCUUUUGCUUUACAAGAACCGUCUGUUGAAAAUAUACCAAAAACAAUAGCAGAAAGUAAACGUAUCCCGGAUCAUGGCAAAACUAGUAAUGAAUCCAUAUCAGUUACUGGCUCUGCCACUUUUACUGAGACUUUGAGUAUAUCCUCGACAAAUGAUCUUUCUCACUCGCUAAUGGUACCGACUAUUAGUGAAGUUAACAUUGAUAUGCUUGAUGGUAACCAAUGUAGCGAUACAGAAAAGAAGUCCCCUGAAACAAAUAACUACCAAGAAGUUGAUAAUAAAAUGGUGGACGAACAGCCACAAAUAAUAUUUAAGGCAUCAAAAAAUAUAAAAAGAUGUAAAGAACAUCGCCAAUCUUUAAGAAAAAAACCUAAGAGUUAUAGGCGUGUCAUAAAAUUUAAGAGUAUCCAUUUUAAAUAUAAGAAUUCGAAAAAUGUAAUUACUAGGAUACUAGAAAAAAAAAUUUUAAAAGCAAAGAUGAAUACUAUAAAUUCAGAACCGGUUAAUACUAAAUCCAAAGUUAUUUCAAGAUCAAGGAUUCUAAAAAGUCUAUUGGCAAAAGAAAAUCUACUUGCUGGUACAGACCCAAUGUGGAUGUUAGAUAUGCCUAGUUUAAAUGAAAACCGUACUUUGUCUCCGAAUACUGAGACCUUAUGUACACCAAGUGUUUUGUCAAGUUACGGUAGUCAAAAUACAUUAGUUAACGACACCUCCUUUUCAUUUCAAAGUGAUGAUCUUUAUAGCAUCAAAACAGUUAAUUCAGUAGUUCCGAUAUCAUCUGAUACAACACCAUAUAAUACUGAUUUAAACAUUGCCGUAGCAGUAGGUUUCACUUCAUUAAAACCAAAUAAUGGUCAAAGCGAGUCUACGAUUCCUAGCAACGAAAAAUCAAGUGAUAAAGGUAACGUGACAAGUACUGAUACAAUGCCAUUAUCUGGUAUGGAACUUACAUCCCAAGUACCUUCCGAUGAUAGUGCAAAUAAAACAUUUACAGAGGAUUUAAUAUUAAAUGAGAAAUAUAUGAGCAGUGAAACGCUCGCUGGACUAGAGAAAAUUUCAUCGAAUAUAGUAAGCGAUGACGAUACUUUUGUAAUGGGUAGAACAAUUUCUGAUUUUGAUAAAUCAGGUAAUUGUUCUGAAUCUGAAUUAACGUCUAUAUCUGAAACAAGGCCAAAAUCAGAAUACGUAGCAGCAAAAGAAAUCAUAAAUCAUGUUUCCCAAAAAGUGACAUUAUUAGAUACCGUUGUACAUUUAGGAUUAGGAUUAUAUCCUGAAAUGACACCAUCAACUAGUUCUGGAGCCAAUUUUGACAAUAGUAUGGAUGAUGUUCUUUGUCAGGUUAACAAAGACAGUUUAACAAUUCAAAACCAAUUAUCUAAAAAUGUGUUAAAAAAGAGUUUUGAAAUUGAAACUAAAGAGAUACAUAACAACAUCAGUCUACCAAAUGAGGUGGCAAUUAAAGCUAUUCUUAAAGAUGCCGAAAAAUCGCAGAAAAAAACACACGAAGAGUUAAAAGAUAAAAAUCUGCCAUUGGAUAUGAUAGAAAUAUGGAACCGACUGUCUUUAGUUUUAGAUUUAGCUAUAAAAAGAUUAGAGGAGACGAUAACAGAGAACAUAAUAAGAGAAAUAAAAAAAUCAUUGUCAAGCAUUGCAACGAAGAACACAGAUGAAACGGACGAGUCGCUUUUUAAAAGUAAAGGAAUAAAAACGUGUGAUGUAAUAAUGUCUAAUAAAGAAGUUUUUGCUAAUGAAGAAAAUUUAAGAAAUGAAAAUCAUCAAGGUCACCAAUGCGACUUAGUGCAAAAUCAUAUUAUUGAUCAGUUAAUGCUCAAGCUUAGCGUAGAAGGUCCCAAGACGUUGAACAAUUCCCAAAUCUCUUUAAAGUCUUUAAAGAAGCCUCAGGUUAUUCGUGAUUAUUUUGAUAUUAUAAAACAACCUACAGAUGAAUGUGAUGUGGAAGUUGGUAAGGGUGACACGGUGACUGUAUCUACUGCUACAGUACAAGGUCCACCAAAAAAGUAUGCAAGCCGUGAAGGUUUUAGUUCAUUAAUUUCGAGUCCGUUCUAUUUUCUUAGGGAAAAUCUAUUAGUAAUAACAAGUAUUCCUACUUUUUUCUUAAUUCUGUUCUGUCUGUAUGGGAUCAUAACACUUAUUAAACCGUGGUAA